AUGGGUACAGGAGCAUCUAGAGAUGGUGAGGUGGAGGUGGGCCAAGCCAGUGGCCGUGCCAGUGUGGCCAGCAAUGGGAGUAGACCACAAUCCCGAGCUAUGGGGCUCGGUGCAGGGGCCAGUCAGAGUAUUGUCACCAGUGGAUUAAUAAAGAGUCAAGCUGCAUUGUCGCAGACAGGAAUGUCGUCACAGGGGGCCAGGGUUGGCUGGGCACACGUGAGGCAGGCCAAUAGAGCCCUAGUGGCCUUGCAGAGGAGACAGAGAGAAAGGAACUCUUUCACCAAAGUGCUUAUUGGGAGAGGAGGUUUCUCAGAGCAGAAUGUGGCAGUAACUGAGGGGCAGGUGGUAGUGUUCCUCUGGAACGACCCAACCUGUAAUGCUGGCUUCAAUGUCGUUCAGGUUGUGCAUGAUGGAGAAAAGUUUACCCCUGUGAUUGGAGGUUACAAUAGUGGCUCGCCCUGUAAGAAAGGAUUCUUUGAGGUCCAGUUUAACAUGGAGGGCGAAUUCAAGUUUGUCAGUUCUGGCCUCCGCUGUACGCCACUUACCAUCAAUGUAGGGGCUAAACAGGACAUUAAGGCAGAGGUGACUGACACAGGAUUUUCACCCCGUGUGAUCCACAUAGAUGAACGUCAUGCUAUCAAGUGGACGUGGGCAAAGUGUGAUGUCCCGCACACUGUCUACGAGGUGAAACACUGCAAUAGACACUCUGGACUACUCAAGGUUGAGAACAAGAAAGACGCGAUAGCUACACAAUCUGGAAGCUUCAGGCAUGAGUUCAGACAAUCUGGUAUUUAUUACAUGCAAACUGAGGGUUUGAUGAUGGGGGAGACGCACUUAUGUGUGGUGCACGUGAGAGAAUGCCCUAGAGAGCAUCAGGUUGAGAUAUUGGAUCGUACAUUUAACCCAAUGAUUCUGCUCAUAGAUGAGGGAGACCGAGUAUGGUUCCAGUGGGACAAAGUAAAGUGUAAGAAGCCCCACAACCCUUACCAGAUCCAUCACCCAAGUAUGGAGCAUGAUGACGAUGUCGCCUACUUGCCUGUCAAAGAUGGCUUCAAGUGGACACAACCAACGAAAUGUGGGUUGUUAUCCAAAGAAUUCUUUGAACCAGGUGUGUACUUUUUCUCAGACCAGAACUUCCAAGAAGCUGCUGAGUACAUAGGAACCAUCUUGGUGAAACCUAAACAGAAGGACCAUUUUAUUGACCUGAAGUUAGAGGGAUUCUCAAAAGAUAUGUUAGCUGCUGAGACUGGGGAUCGUGUCUGGUGGACGUGGAACCCUGGCAACAUGGAUCCAGCAUUCAGUAUCAUGGAAAUGGAGAGGUGUCUCACUCCUACUGUUAAACCAGGAACAGAAUUUGAUUGUGAUGACCAGUGUACCUUCCUAGAGGGAGAUGCCGCCAAGCAGUGUACACUGGUGGGUCUUGCUGCCGCUCAGGUCAACUCUAUUGGGGUCUACCAUUACAGAGUGGCUGACAGCCCUAACACUUUAAGCACUUGCUCAAUCAUUGUCAAUUCAGGAUCAAAAAACUUUACAAUCCAUGUAACAGAGAAAGGCUUCCAGCCCAAGGUGGUCACUGUGCACCCCUCAGACAGAGUCUGGUGGGUCUGGCAGGAGGGUAAGAAGCAACACAACAUAAUGCAGGUCUCACAUGAGGGUAACAGGAUAGAUGAUGGAUUUUGCAGUGGCGCCCCAUUGGAUCCCCCCUCAGCCUUCAUGCACCAGUUCACUAAACCUGGUGUAUACUAUUACAUUACUCAGGCUCUGCCCAAACUGUUUGGUGCCAUUGUUGUGACAUCCCAACCCAAGGUGCAUGAAGUUGCAGUUAUAUCCAACCAGAUUACACCCGAUCCUGUCAAUAUUAACAUAAACGAUUUGGUCUGUUGGACGUUUAAAGGAUUGAGGCAGUAUGAUGUUACUGAGAUAGAAUCAGUUGACCAACUUAUUGGAGUAGAGUCCUCUGGUGCUCUCUUACCAAGACGAUGUAUGAACAGAGCGUUUGGGGAGGCUGGAGUUUUCCACUUCAGCAGCAAGUCUUUCUCUAAAAGGAAAGAGUCCAAGAAAGAAGGGCCUAGAGAACCAGAUGAGAGUAAACUAAGUAGUGUGUUGGUGGAUGAGAUGCAUGACUCCAUGGUGGUCAGGGUAGAUUCUGCAGGCUUCCAUCCAAAGGCAAUCAAUAUCAUCAAGGGAGAGAGUAUCCUCUGGACUUGGAAAGAUUCUAAUGAUGAAGCUCACAAUGUCAUUCGUGUUAAUGCCCCAGAUAGUGAGACCCCUCUCAGUGCCAUGCAGGGAGGGAAAUCAUUUAACAGUGGGCGUCCCAUGCCCAACAACAGCUUUCUCUACACAUUUGAUGAGGAGGGAACGUUCUGUGUGGCAUCCCAGGGUGCACCUGGCUUUUGUGGUAUCAUCAACAUUAUGUCUGUUGAUACGCUGAGGACUGAUGUACCAUACAUUGAGUCAGAUCAGAAUGGUGGCACAGUGGAGAAGAACACUGUAGUUUAUCUUGCAUGUGACACUGCCCAGUCCUCCAUAUAUUACACCUUAGAUGGGUCUACACCUGAAGUACAUAGGAAAUCAUCUAAGUUGUACAAGCCUGACAAAGGGGUAGUUCUAAAGGAGUCUGGAUUGUGCUUCCUGCGGGCGCUUGCAACCAGUCCCACUCAGUUAAUCAGUGACGUGUACACAUCUAAGAGGUUCUGGGUCCUCCGUGGCCCAGUGGAAGAGACCCCUCCCUCCUCACCUGAACCUGUGGACGAUGGGCCUAGUGCUGAAGAAACCCAGAAAUGGUGGCGUUGUAUACCAUCUCUCCAGGGAUUGUUUACUGGGCCAGGGGUCAUGGAGCUCUUCUGGGAGUCACCAGGACCAGAAUGUUUAGAGCUCAUCAGAGGAUACCAGAUCUUCAUCAAUGAUAUGACAUUCUGCGAAGUGUUCCCAGCCAACCACAACAGCGUCAAUGUGGCAGGUCUAGCAGGGGGCAGAGUCUAUGAUAUCCUGCUUGAUGUUUACCCAGAGAAUGACAAGUUUCUUCCACACAAGUCAAACAAAUUGAUGUUGAAAUGUCCUGAGACUACAGAGACUGGAGGUCCAGUUAUCUCCCUAGAAGUGCCAGACAAUGAAGACACAAUGGCAAUUGUGUGGAAGUCCAUCUCAACAUCACAGAACCCUAUCUUAGGUUAUAGGUUAUAUCUCAAUGGACAGCAAUGUGGGGAUACAGUUACACCCAAUGAAGCCAGCAAUAGAUGUCGCUGUGUCAUAGAAGGAUGUCAGCUAGAUGUCAUAUACAGAGUGGUUGUCAUGGCAUUACCAGAAGGUGGGUCAAAGCCAAAAAUGUCUAAUGAGUUGGAGGUAUCAUUGCCAUUGGAUACCUCACAGAUAGUGCUGCCCCCUGCUGAGCUGCGAGGUGAUGACGAGGAUAUCUAUAAAGACUAUAUAGAGGUCUCUGAAGGUUCUGGGUACAUGCCUGGCAUGGAUGAAGCCCCUGAACUUGAUAUUACUGAGAGAGAUGAUGCUGAGAAUGGUAUAGAAGAUGAGAAUAAUGGAUAUGAAGAUAAUAUCCUUGAUGGUGAUCAGAGGCUUAGAUAUGAAGGAGAGGGAGAGGAAGAUUCAGAACAUGGAUUGACACCAGAGCAACAAUCAGAGUUACCACAGCAACCAUCUGUGUCGCCACAGCAACCAUCAGACCAGGGAAUAAGUGUUGAUAGAGAGAGUGAGCAUGGAAGGUCCAUACAUGAUGAAGAGACCAGGACCAAUGGAGGAGACACUAUGGAAGCAGAUAUUGUUGGAGGCAGUUCACGAUCUGAUGAUCCCAACCAGGAACAGACUGCUCAGAUAAGUGUAGAUGAGACUGCUGAAUAUGAUGAAGGUGUUGCAUCAGCUUCCGACCAAUCAGGUGAUGAAUAUCAGUCACAUGACCAUAGAGUAUCCAAUCAGGUGGCAGAAGAGCCUGGCUUGGAGAUUGAUGGUACUAGACAACCCUGGCGUAAUAAGAUGAAGGAUACUGCCAAACUGGGCAUGCACUUGUCAAGAGGAAGGCACAGGAAGAAAUCAGUUGAGGAGAAAAUAGAACAAACAGAAGUAGAUAAUAGUCCUCAAACUAAUUACGAGGUGGAGAUGCAAGAUGAGGUCCCGUCCCAGUCCAGACCAGAAAGUGUGUCUAGCAUGGGGUCUGGGAAGAGACGUCGUAGGAAGAAGAGAGAACGAAGAGACAGAGACAAUGUGGUAGAAGUGGAAGAGAGUGUAGAUCUCACUCUGCCUAGUAAUGACACACAGACUCCCAGUGAUAAACAACCUUUUAGUCCAACAUCAGUUGUCAGCACUGUUCCCCUUAUGGCUGCCAUGGACCUCAACAAUCAGGAUGACUUCUUACCUGUUCCCAUGGUAACAGUCGAUCACCAGGGUCCAGAGAGUGUUCUGGUUAGAUGGAAGUUACCACGGCAACCAGAGCCCUCGUACAGAUUAUUGGUGUAUGUAGUGAAUGUGAUAGGAAUCAAGUUCCAGUCUGAGGUCAACAGUGAUAUAAGCUUUGAGUGCCUACAGGAGGAGAAUGGGGAGAGUAUAGCUGCUGUGCAACAUUGCUGGAACCUCACUGACUCCACUAGAUGCUUGGUAGAGGGGCUCAGUCCAAGUACACUUUACAGGAUAUUUGUUGUUGCCAACUACAGUGUAAUCCAUGCUGGUCAGCCCUGUGAGAUCCAGGCCACCUCCACUGUGAUACACUACACCUCUCUAGGAGCACCUCAACCCCCCACUCUCUCAGUAACUAGUCUACAGCUUAGACAGGUUACAUUAAGCUGGGAGGCUGGAGAAUGCCACAGGGAUGUGGAGAUAUCUGGCUACAAAGUCUAUGUUGACAACAAACUGUUGGGUGACAAACUCAGUGCUAAAACUACUCAAACAACAAUUGAUAACAUUCAGCCUGGCAAAACAAUCAGAGUGAAAGUGAUCACACUUACAGAACACAGAGUUGGAAACAGUGGGCCCUCUAACAUUGUUAAAGUGAGCUGCCCCAACUGCCCUCCCCCUCCCAACAUCUCGCAACAACCCUCCUACAAGAGAGGUCUUGUCAUUAUAGCCUGGGAGAAACCUGAAAGCAUUGGAGGCUCUGACAAGAGAGAAGAUAUUCUAUAUUACAAUAUAUACUUGGAUGGGGCGUGGCAUGGUGAAAUCAUGGCAACCACACAAGCCAAUAAGAAUGGUUACCAAUAUCACAUGACAGACCUGACUCCUGGACAGUCCUACGAUAUUCAGAUGAAGGCCUAUGCGGGUGACAAGAGAACAGAAGGGAACCAUGUGUACUGUCUGAGUGAAUCUAUUAUGUCCAACAGUCUCCCUGUGAUGUGCCCUGCACCACCCAAGUCCCCUUGUUUGACAAUAGAGGGCAUACAUGAUGGUGGAAUUGACGUCACGUGGCAGAGUCCACAACAAUAUGGUGAUGCUGUCGUCUCGGGCUACCAACUGCUUAAAGACAACAAACUGUAUGGGUCAACUAUACCCCCAGAUGUCCUCAGCCUGCGCAUCAAGGACGUCUCACUGGGGGAGAAGGUGACCCUACAACUUGUGGCCCUCACAGAACAUGCAGUUGGUAAGCUAGAGGGCACCAGAGUGAUAGGGCACCAUGAGAUCAGACAUACUAAUGCAUCUACUGAUGGGGACUCUGGAAUAGGAAGAUCAAGCUACUAUGAAAAAGAGGAGAAAGAAAUCAAUCAGCUCUUGGGAGAGAAAUAUUCAGCAUGUGUGCCAGGUCCAAGGUUGACCAUACAUUAUACAGGACUUGUGAUGGCACCAACCAAAGUAUGGUGUGAGACAGUCACAGGGCACUCUGCCAUGGUGGUCUGGAAUAAAGGGGAAAAAGUGAAGCCUCACUAUGUACUCCCAGAUAGUUACCAAGUGACAUGGUGGCCAGGAGAUAAACCUGAAGAGAACAUCAACAGUCAGGCAUCUAGAGAUGACCACCUGAACAUUGAAGGCCUAGAUGCCAACACCACCUACACUGUAAUUGUUGAAGCAAGGAAAUUACAGUCCUAUACACAGACACAAGAAGAUCUAGAGAGUGAUGAAAUUCGACACAGUUUUAUCCUGACUAGUAAAUCUGAGCAUAUAAAAUUGACAACAGCGCAACCUCCGGAUCCACCAACAAAUCUUGGUAUUUUAUCGUCGACUUGUAACAGCAUCAGUGUCGCAUGGGAUCCUCCUAGAGAACAUGGUGUUGAAGUAAUUGGUAUCCGUGUAGAUUGUGUUCCACUUCGUGCCCAUAGCAACCAGCACCGAUGUCUAGAGUUAAUGCCUGACAGCACAUGUGCAGUCUUGGAGAAUCUCCUCGAGAGCACUGAAUAUCACAUCACAGUUACUGCACUUACUGAGGAGUUCUUUGAUCAACUUCCUGCUAAAGACAAAACUAAGAAAUCACGAACAUUACCAAAGGAUAUAAUAGUUCAGAAAGCAAGCCCAUGGUUACCAAGUUCUAGUAUAAUCAGUAUGACAUCAGGAACUAAACCUCCCUGUGAUGUCACAGUGGUGGACACAGGGAUGGACUGGGUGUCGAUACGCUGGCUACCUGCACAAGUUAAUGGCACCAACUGGAUGCAAGGAACUAUAGUACGCUGGGCAGAGGUGAAGCCAAAAAGUCAGAAAAAUGAAACCACACUAGCUAAUCAUGCAGAGUUAAUGCCAGGAGAUACAACAUUGAAAAUCCAGGAUCUUCAGCCUGGUGUGCAAUAUAAGAUUGUAGUGGAGGCUGUUGUUAGUGUUAAAACUACUAUUAAACCUGGUGAAGGCCCAGACACAGUCAGUGAUAAGACUAGGGAGGGUGCUAACAGGAGAACUGCUCAUGUUAUGUCCUCAGCUGUAUAUGUAAGGACUAAAGCCCCUAGUGAACCCCCUGUUGUGUUAGUAACUGGUUUCACUAAUGACUCCAUACACCUCUACUGGGAGAAACCCUCUAUGUUUACAAUACUCCACAAAGAAGGUGAUGAAACACCUCAGUAUAUACGGAGGUGUCUGGAAGGUUAUAAACUAGAGAUUAAUGGUAAGCUUCAUAUGAAGCUUGGGUCAGCUGCUCAGAGUUGCACAUUGACAAAAUGUAGAGCAGGCAGGACAUAUAAUAUUGUGUUAAUUGCUCUUACAUGUACUGAAGAUGUGAAGAAAGAGCGGAGGGCUAAGAAGAAAGCGCUGCUGGAGAGUAGUAGCUCUCUGGGGAGUAUGUCCGGUGGAUACAACAGCCCAGAUCUUGAUGAGGAGAAUGAUGAGUCAAGAUCUGAAACUGUUUGGGUUGUUCUACCAAGAACUCAGGAAGGUAAUGUUGAGAGUGUGCUAGGCACAUACAACAGUGACCACGAUGAGAUGAGACUUGUUUGGACAGUAGUAGAAGAUUCCUACAUGAUCAACCAGUUCAAUGUGGUCUACUUCAACACAACAGAGCCUGGUAUAGAGAGGAAGUGUGUCAAUGCUGAUACAAGGGCUUGUACUUUGCCAGUUAAAACAUUCAAGACUGUUUAUGAAGUGGCCAUAGAACCUGUAUAUGACAAUGAUAACAUCAGACAGCAACCACAACAUGUACAUAUUCAGGUUCCUGGGGCCCCUGAUGCUCCAAAUAUAUUUGCCAGAAGCAUUGAUCAAGAGGAGUUUGUCAUAGAGUGGGGCGAACCAAGAACUUAUGGAAAUGUCAAAAUAAAGGGAUAUCAGGUGUACAUGAAUGAUAAGAAAGUAGGCAAUAUGUUAAGUGCUUCCCACAGAAAGGCUGUAAUUCCUUGUAGGCCAAACAGGCAUUACAAGAUUAACCUAACUGCUGUAACUGCUGUGAGAAGAUUUGCUGAGACUUCCAAGUCAAACGCGCUACACAUUAACACAUCUAGUGGAAUAGGUGGAUUAUUUACUCCAGGUUCACAAUCAUUGAGCCCAGAUGGCUUGCAAUCUACAAUGGAUUCUACACACAUGGGAAAUGUUAGUGAUGAGAUAUCCCUCAAGGUGGUAAAGGUGACUGAUUCUACCAUACACCUGGACUGGAGUGCCUGGCUGGAGGUGGAUGGCCUACUCUGCUUUAAGAUACAAUGGAGCAGUGUAGCUGUUCCAGCUCAAAGAGAGGUGAAGAUUGCCAGUAAAGAAAGAAGCUGUAUUCUACAGAACUGCUAUCCAGGGACCAAUCAUUUUGUACGUAUCCUGGCACUUGGGGAUAGAGAUGAGGUAUUGGAUAAGUCAAGACAACUAACAGUUCAAACUUCUGCAUCUCCUGAUACUCCGGUUCUUACUCUCAGGGCUUGUAACUUCAAGUACAUAGCAGUGCAGUGGGAGGCCCCCAAGACGUAUGGUGAUGCCCUGGUGGCUGGCUACAAAGUGUAUGUAAAUGGUGUUGUUGAGACCAUACUAGGACCAGACCAGUACACCUAUGCUUUCACUCAUGGCCAAUGGUGUCACGAGUAUGCCUUCCAAAUUCAGGCUCUUUCCACUAUUGAGAAACUCCAUAGCAAACCAUCGGAGCCUUUUUUAGUUGAGUGGCCAGGUGUAAGAGCUCCAGUAUUAUCCAGGGCUCUCACAGUGUCUAGCAACUCUAUCAAGAUAGUAUGGGAUACUCCCUAUGCAAGUGAAGGAGUCAAACUGAAAAUGUACAAGCUGCUCUGCAUUUAUGAGGAAAGUAAUGAGAUAUCACAAACUGUUAGUCCAAUUCAUCCAGAAACAAAGGAGGCAGAAGUCCAUAAUAUGAAACCGGGCUCAUAUCUGGUCCAUCUUGAAGUACAUGUGCAUGGAAGUAAUCAUGUUGUGCGGUCAGAGUCGGUGAGAGUCCAACCUACGGUGACACCGGACCCCCCACACAUCACAGUCACUGUGGUUGGCCUAGAGGAAAGGAGACAAAUACAGAAAGUUACUGCUAAUCUGCUCAAUAAGAGAGACAAAUUACUGUCUAUGAUACCUGGUAGACCUCCCAGUCCGAUGAGGAUGUCACAUGAAUCUCAAAUUUACCUCAAGGUGUCUGAAACUCUACAGCAAGUGGAGGAGAUGCUAGAUGACUGUUUCUCCUCUCUGUCACACUAUACUGGGAACCUUCUUGCACAUGUUAGCUGGCAAUGUCCCCAGAGCAAUCCCCAUGUAACUAUCUGUGGCUUCAAGGUUCUCAUUGAUGGCAAACAGUAUGGUUCAACAUUGCAUUCUGGCGUAAAGAAUGUUAGAAUUAAGCUUGGUCUUGACAAACUUGUACAUAAAUUGACUAUGGUAGCUGUGUCAGAGAAACCACGAACCAGUAGUGUCCCAUCUAAUAUAGUAGAGCUCCUAACAGACCCUUUCCAACCCUACACAUUCUUUUGUUUCCACACAAUACAUUCAAAUAAUGCAAAAUGGCCAAAUCUUGGAUGCUGUCAAUACAUAGAUACACUGGAGUAUGAGCGACGGUUUCCUACAAGGUCAUACAACAAUGGGCUUAUGCAGCACAAUAUUCCUCCACCAUCUUGCCAUGUAAUGGAUGUCUUCGAUGGAGAGUUCAAUCCACUGCUGCCACCUAGUGGGCCGGAUUGCCCAACUGUACUAUUCUUCUGGACUAGAUGGUGCCGCACAUCCCAGUAUGCUAUGGCAAACUUUGUGAGGUUUACCCGAGAGUUUCCUAGGGAGUAUGAUUACAUAGCUGUGUCGUGUGUGGAUAAAGAGAAAUACCCCUGGGAGAGGCAAGAAUUGACACACUAUCUCACUGAAAAUACUUUGAGGGAUGAGACAAUCAGACAUUGCUUGAAUAUCAGUGCAUCUUCUGCUUAUGUGGCAGGCAGCCUGCUGAAGAAAGGGAUGCUUGCAAAGCAUGGCAAGCAUGAUAGAGCGAUGAGUGAUAAGGGGGUCUAUGGUGAUAUCAAUGAUUUGUUUAAUGUGAUAGGAGUGCCUACAGUUGUCAUUAUACACCCAGAUGACUAUAUUGCAUGGCAUGGCAGAUAUGCAGCAUUAGACUACAGCCACUUUAAGGGAUAUAUGCAACAUGCCCUUGCCUCUAUUUACAAUGAAGACUGUUCUGUCCACCAAUGUGACACUUGCCAGAAUGAAACAUCAAUAGACAUAGAUAAUAUAGAGAUUGGUUGUAAAACAUAUGAUCGCACUUCCCUGUUACUACACAGUUCUGGAAAUCCAUCCGUGAAAGCCAAGACAGGAGGCACAAUCGCAACACCUUCAUUCAGCACCAAUAAGAAACAAACCAAACCAGAUGACACUUUGUUUACAAAAUCACAACGUUCCAAAGACUCUAGGCAAGCCAAACAGGAGAUUGACAUUAAUGUAAGACCAUAUUCUGCAAAUGCAAUGCCUGAGACUCCGACCAAGAAGAAAUCUAGGAAGCCAAUAUCUGCAAAACGAUCUAGAUAAAGUCUACAGACUUCAAAAGAAAUAAUAUUGCUCACAUUGUGUGGUUUGUUAAGAUAUUAAUGGUGGCCAGAAUGUUGCCACACCACAGAUUGUUAUUAAGCCAGUCAUAAAAUUAAUGCUUAGUCAUAAAGUGUGCAAUACCAAAUAAUUAAUAAAUUUGUGUUAAAAUCAUAUUUUCCUUGAUAUAUUUUUCAUUGAUUGAAUUAUGUAAAAUACUAUUUGAAUUAAAAUAUUAUGCGAAAUAAUGUAAAUAUCUACUGCAAUUGGCAUGUAAAUUGAAUUAAUUUAUUUGUUUAAAUAAUGCCAGUCCUAAUCACAGCUGUUUUCAAUGUAUUGACUAUACUCCUUGAUUAUCUUUCAAUUUUGUUAUUAAUAUUCAAGUAUAUUAUGAUUGAAAAUGUUUUCAAUUCAUACUGAUAUACAUGUAGUUAUAUUACAAUGGCAUUCAUUGUGUGUGAACAUAUUUUGUAUGUAUACUUGUCAGUGAUAUCCAUUGACCAUAAUAGAUGAGUGUCUAUUUGUUUAUAUUUUCAAUCACAGACACAUCGUGAAGGUUAUUUUUUGUACAAAUAUAUACAAAUCACCCAAAUAUGUUUUAUGUUUAAUUUAUUCAUUUAAACUAAACAUGUAAU